AUGAAGCUCACCACCAUCGUCGUUGCCGCUCUCGGUGCCGCCUCCGUCCAGGCCGCCUACACCAAGCUUCCCAAGUGGUGUGCCCACCCCGGUCAGGGCUGCUACAUGAUGAAGCGCUCUGCCGAUGCCUCUUGGGACAUCAAGCGUUCCGCCGACGCCCUCGCCGAGGCUAUGGCCGAGGCUCUUCCCCAGGAACUCCCCAAGUGGUGCGCCCACCGCGGUCAGGGCUGCGCCAAGGCCAAGCGUGCUGCCACCGCCGCCGAAGAAGUCCAGCGCUCUGCUGAUGCCCUUGCUGAGGCCAUGGCUGCCCUCGACGCUCACGUCGACGAGGAGUAA